AUGGAAGGUAAUAUCAACAUGAAAGGAAGCUCUACCAAAGCAAGAGAUGAGAAGUCUAAAGCUCCCGUGAAUGAUGAAGGUGGCAGGAAUUAUUACCCAGAGUUCUUGAAAAAAGCUACUCACCCAGGCGUAUGCCUGUGGCAUAUGCUUUUCAAAGCAGGAGCACUGGUCUCAUAUUUCCUUCUCAACCUAUUCAUUGAUAACUAUGUUAUGACUUUCAUCUCAGUAAUCCUCCUGAGUGCCUUCGAUUUCUGGGUAGUCAAAAAUAUCACAGGAAGGAUCCUAGUAGGACUCAGAUGGUGGAGUCAGGUCAAAGAAGAUGGAACUGAAGAAUGGUACUUCGAAAGUCUAGAAGAGAAAAAGAACGCAGGAAUUGAUAGCUUCAUCUUUUGGGCUAUUCUGUACAUAACUCCUUUAAUUUGGGCAAUUCUUGCAGUAGCUUCAGUUCUUUCAUUUGCUAUUUACAAUGUCACUCUGUGCUUAUCAGCUUUUGCUCUAAGUGGAACUAAUCUCUACGGCUACAUCAAAUGAGAAAGAGAUCAUAAGGGUAAAAUCAAGGGAUUCCUGGUGGACCAGGCUGUCAAGAGAGUUGAUCAGAAAGAUAUAAUCAACGCAGCAGGUUAUGCUGCAAAUGUUGGUUCCAGAUAAUCAUCACAG